AUGUGUAAUAAGGAGUAUUACCCCACCGGUAUCGGGAUCGGAUAUUUUGUGCCCUGUCUUUCUUUCUUUCUUUUUUCUUUCUUGUUUCAUCCACUUUCCUUCUUUCUUUCUUUCUUUCUUUCUUUCUUUCUUUCUUCUUCUUUCAUCCACUUUCUUUCUGUUUUCGCCUUUUUUUCUUUUUGUCCUCUUUCUUUCUUUUUCGUCUUCUUUCUUUCUUUCGUUCCUGAUUCAUUCACUUUCUUUCGUUCUUUCUUGAUUCACCCAUUUUCUUUCUUUCUUUCUUUCUUUCUUUCUUUCCGUCUUUCUUUUUUCGCCUUCUUUCUUCCUUUCUUCCAUUGUUUGUUUGCUUGUUUCUUUCUUUCUUUCUUUCUUUCUUUCUUUGAUUCGUUCACUUUUUUCUUUAGUUCUUUCUUUCUUGAUUCACCCAUUUUCUUUCUUUCUUUCUUUCUUUCUUUCUUUCUAUCUAUUCGUCUAUCUCAUUCACUCUAUCUAUCUAUCUAUCUAUCUAUCUAUCUAUCUAUCUAUCUAUCUAUCUAUCUAUAUAUAUAUAUAUAUAUAUAUUCCUGGCUCAGUCUAUUCGUCUAUCUCAUUAUUCACUUUAUCUAUUUUAUUUGUCUAUCUCAUUCAUUUCAUUUAUCUAUCUAUCUAUCUAUCUAUCUAUCUAUCUAUGAAAAUAAACCAGGCUUUUUAAAUAACAUCCAUGUUAUUUUUGUAUUUCUUCCAUCUACUCUAUUCUCUCUGGCAUUGCUUACAUUCACAUCUAAUGUGGUCAGCUAUCUAUCUAUCUAUCUAUCUAUCUAUCUAUCUAUCUAUCUAUCUAUCUAUCUCAUUCUGUUCAGAUCUAUCUAUCUAUCUAUCUAUCUAUCUAUCUAUCUAUCUCAAUCUAUCUAUCUAUCUAUCUAUCUAUCUAUCUAUCUAUCUAUCUAUCUAUCUAUCUAUCCCUGUCUGUUCAUAUCUAUCUAUCUAUCUAUCUAUCUAUCUAUCUAUCUAUCUAUCUAUCUAUCUAUCUAUCUCCGUCUGUUCAUAUCUAUCUAUCUAUCUAUCUAUCUAUCUAUCUAUCUAUCUAUCUCUCUAUCUAUCUAUCUAAAUCUGUCUGUCUGUUUCUCUCUCUGUCUCUGUCUCUCUCUUUCUCUCUCUCUCUCUCUAUCUAUCUAUCUAUCUUUCUUUCUAUCUAUCUCUCAGUCUGUUCAAAUACAAAUAUAA